AUGUGUAAAGCUGCGUUUAGCAUUGAACGUAUUGAGUUCCCUUCCGCUUAUGCAUUAUUUGGAAUUUUCAAAUUGCACUGUUUCAGAUACGCAGGAGCACUCGAUGGUGGUGGCCUCAAAAUCCUACAUGUUGCAUACGAUACUCUUCAUAUCAGGUAUGAGAUAAUCUAAAG